AUGUCAGACAGCGUGUACCUUAGUCCGGCUAAGCUGCUGCUGCUAGUGGCGAUCGAGCAGUAUUCGCUGCACUACGACUGGGGACCGACAACGCUGAGCGAUAUUGCAGAUAUACUUGUCACCAACUCGGCAGAGAUAUGGCGGACAAUAUCUGUUCCAUCGGAGUCGCAGCAACAACCGCAGUCGCUGCAGUCGAUCCUGCACUACCGAGUCAGCGAACUGACAGAGCUAGAGCAGUUCACUCAGUUUUUCGAUAGUCUGCGCAUCGACGAGGCCAUUCUACUGGACUCGGAGAGCAUCUUUGGCAUCUUUGUGCGGCGGUGUGUGCUGGCAUUUGAGCAGCUGGAGUUUCACCAGACUGGCAAGUUUCAUAAUGCCUGCAUUGCGGCAACAACAGCUCCCAAAUUGAAAACUAGCAAACCUAUCCGCUUGCUUGAAAACGAAACAGGUGCAGCAGUGCCGACGGAUAUGGCAUCGAAGAUCCAUGACUUAAUAGAUGCACUGCCUGGCUAUGCGCACGCACACUACCUCGACUAUCUUAGGCUGGCACGCACAGGCGAAUACGAACAAUCGGAGGCCAGCUUGCGGCGAUUCUUCGACUCCAGCGCUAUGGCGCAGAACAAAUACGGGUUUUCAGUAUGCGCUCCUCAGGCGCUCGACGAGGCACUGCAUACUGCACGCGAUCUCCAGGACCACACAUGCCGUGUUUAUGUGACUAUCUGGCAGGCACGUCUUCAGUAUGUGAAAUACAAGCAUGGCCACUACGAGGAGAUGCGUGUUGCUGCCCAUCUGAACCUAGUUGAACUGCUCGUUGACAUGGGCGACAUCGAGGGAAUGCGUGUGUCAUGGUUCUUGCUAGCGGCCCGUGCUUGGACACUGGCGCAAAACCCAACCAUCGCACUCAUGUAUCUGUCGCUGGCCGAACGGGACCGGCAUAUGAUGACAGAGGCGCAGAUGUCCGGGUGUCAACAGUUGGCCGCAGACAAGCUGCUUGAGAUCAUUGGCGGCUCAGGAUCUGGAGAACUAGACGACGGGCUGUUGGAGCAGCAGCAGGAGUAG